GAAAGAGGAGAGGUGGCAUACAUUCUGAAAACAUCACCGCAUUCGCGUUCGAAUGGUCGGUUGGAAGCAAAUGGAGAAUGGUCUUUGUUUUGACCGUCUUAUCAGGGUGACGUGCGCGUGCAGCGACCGGCUGCACAAGGCAAGCGCGGGCCGGGGUUGGGGUGGAGUUCAACGACGAGGACUUUCUACGGUAGCUCAUCUCGCCCGAACCCGCUCUCCCAGAUUCCAUCGAUCAUGGCCUCUCGCAUCCUCCCCCGCCUAACCCUCUUCCAUCACCCCGCCUGCCAACUCUGCCUCAACGCCUCCUCCGCCCUGACCUCCAUCCAAUCCCGCCUCCCUCCCAACACCUUCACUCUCGAACGCAUCAAUAUCCACGAAGAGGGGAAUGAGAAGUGGAAGGACGUUUAUGGAUGGGAUGUCCCUGUGAUUCAUUUGGGUGAGGAGAGGGUGUUGAUGCAUAGGAUUGGGGAGGGGGAUGUGGAGAGGGUGUUGAGGGAGAGGGGGGUUUGGCCGGCGGCGGCUGAGGAGAAGAAGGAGUAGGCAAUUGAGUGUGGUGUGGGAAAGGAAAACGAAGGGGAAGCUGGGGGCAUCGUCGCCGGCAACGUGCCAGGUUUAGAGGAAUGACCUGCAGAAGCAUCCCGGUACCAUCUCGGCCGCGGUUUUCAACCGCAGCUCCAACCGCACCUGUCAACUCUACAAGAGACACCUAAACGUCGGGAAAGUCAUGACCGUACGCCAAGCGAGACGCCAUCCACGUU